CAACGUCUCUCUUUCUGGUUCUCACACAAUUAGCCGCAAAUGGUCAGGUCCAACGGCCUCAGACUCGUCCACUGGCUUUCUCGCCGCUCUCUUUCCGACCUCCUCCAUGAUUCACCAAUCGUGUACGAGUCGCUGUUGAAAGGGGGUUAUAGGAGGUUCGGUUCGGCAGUUUAUAAUCAACCCAAGCUUCUUUUGAACACCAAUUCAAGAAAAGUUAAUGAGAGGAACUGGUUGAGAAUCUGUUUAAUUGAAGCCAAUUUGGGCGCCACGAGAUCAAUUCAUGGCACUGCUUCCAUGGCAAGAGAUUAUUAUGAUGUACUCGGCGUAAAUAGGAAUGCGGCUGCAUCUGAAAUUAAGAAAUCUUAUUAUGGGCUUGCAAAGAAGUUACAUCCAGAUACAAAUAAAGAUGAUCCUGAAGCUGAAAGAAAAUUUCAAGAAGUUCAAAAAGCUUAUGAGGUAUUGAAAGACGAGGAGAAACGCGAACAAUAUGACCAGCUCGGCCAUGAAGGUUUCGAACAAGCUGCUAAUGGCGGUGCGGGGUUUAAUAAUCCAUUUGAAGGUGGCUUUAAUCCCUUUGAAGACAUCUUAAAAAAUUCUGAAAAUAUCUUCAGUCAGUUCUUUCACAGGGACUCAGGUGGUGAAGAUGUCAAGGUUUCAGUCGAAGUAUCCUUUAUGGAAGCUGUUCAGGGAUGCUCCAGAACUCUGACAUUCCAAACUGAUUUGCCUUGUGAAGAUUGUGGUGGAACUGGUGUUCCUCCUGGGACUAGGCCCGAAACUUGUAGGCGAUGUAGAGGAUCAGGCAUGGUAAUUUCACAAAAAGGCCUACUAACAUUGCAGACCACUUGUCCUCAUUGUGGAGGAGCCGGAAAAACUGUAUCUGUAUGGUUCACUUAA